GGAGUGUUUUUAUUUCCUUUAUAUUUGUGACCUUAACUAGCACUCAUUAUCUCAGCGGCAGCCCUAUUUCUCUUUGUCUGAGAGAAUGGAAGGUGGACUUCCUAUGCUUAACUGUCUCCUACAGCACACACUAAGGAGUCUGUGCUCUUAUUCUGAUCCAUCAUGUUCUUCAAAGUGGGUUUAUGCUGUGUUCUGGAGGAUUCUGCCAAGGAAUUACCCUCCACCAAAGUGGGAUUAUGGAGGGACUCUUCUUGAUCGUUCCAAAGGAAACAAAAGAAACUGGAUUCUUGUAUGGGAAGAUGGCUUUUGUGAUUUCUGUGAAUGUGAGCAGGCCGGAAGUGGAUAUCUAAAGGGGAGAUUUGGUGUUGAUGUCUUCUUUAAAAUGUCUCAUGAAGUAUACAAUUAUGGCGAAGGGGUGGUGGGGAAAGUUGCAGCAGAAAACAGUCACAAAUGGGUGUUUAAAGAAACCCCAAAUGACACUGAUCCUACCUUCAUCUCCCCAUGGAAUAUGUCCAUUGAACCCCAACCCAGGGCCUGGGAGUUUCAGUUCAAUUCAGGCAUUCAGACAAUUGCUGUUAUUUCUGUCAGGGAAGGCAUAAUUCAACUGGGUUCAUUUGACAAGAUUGUGGAAGAUCUCAAUCUGGUCAUCAGCAUACAAAGGAAAUUCAGUUAUCUACAGAGCAUUCCCGGCGUGUUUGCUAUGCAAAGACCAUACUUGCCAAUCCAAUAUCCUUACGCCCUUAAACCCAGCAACCAGAUGUUUGGAUUCCAGGAUGACAAAACCAGGCUGCAAGGUGGAAACAAAAGGAUGAUCAAUGAAGCGGCAGGGGAUUCCGCUGUCAAGUCCAUCAACUUAGGCUGGAACAGCCCUCAAAAUGGAGUUGCAGGAUCACCGUUCUGGUCAAUUCCACCUCUUCUGCCUCCCAUGUCUUAUAGUCUUGGAGCUCUAUUAUCAAAGUUUCCUUCCAUGGUCCCUUCUUAUGGUGCCAUUGAAGCUCCUGACGAAGCUGCUCUGAUCAAUAAAAUCAAUAGUAGAUGCAAGAGGAUGAAGGUUGACACUAAUGGCAGUGCACCCACUGAAGUUCAAGUUGCUGAGACAACUUUGGAUGCUGCUCAAGAAGAGAAGCCUCCUAAUUCCUUGGAAGAAUAACUCAUAGAGCUACAACAAGGUGUGCUCUAGAGUUGAAUUGAUUAGGAAACUCCAUUAUAUUUAUUAUCAUAAAAAUAUAAUUCGGCUUUGGAUGGUAGGUAGCUUACCAGUAAUCAUUUACUUAUGCACCUUCUAUUCUGAAAUAAUUGAAUCAUAAAUAAUCAACUCAUCAAUUAAGGACACCUCUUUUCUUUUUUUGCAUUGAACGGAGGCUUUCUUUUAGAUGAAGGAAAGCAUCCUAUGAAGAUAAAAAGAAGACAAAGGAGAAGCUUAGGUCAUGGCUUGUAAGAAUUGAGAUGAAACAAAAUUGUGCAUUGGGGUUCAAAUGCAUGCUUAACAUAAUUGAAAGUGUAGUUAGGAUUUUGGCCUCUGCGCUUUCGUAAUCGAGAAAGAUACUGUUGCAGCGAUGUCAAAUUGCCAACUGCCAGGGGAAUGAGAGGCACUCCACAUUAAGCAAUGGACCCCAGAGAAACCGAAUGGAUGUAGAUAAUUGAGUGAGGCCAAGUUGUUGUACAAGACAUUUUGUCCCACUCACCAACAUUAGUGGAAACGGUCCUCAUCCUAUAAAUUUUUACUUCCUCUGUUUUAGAAUAGGAAUAGGAGUAGAGGUUAUCAGAUUUUAUCUUUGUAUUCA